GUAAACAAUUAAAUCAUUGUCGAUCCAUUGUAUUAAAUUGUUUCUAACAAUCAGUAUCUAAUUGUGAUUAAUUACAAUUAACCAAAUCAAAAUGAAAUUCUCACUUGCCUUAAUUGCCCUUUUCUGUGUCUCAGCAAUCAAUGCUGCUCCAGUCAAAGAUGAGCCAACCCCAGUCGCUCAAUUGAUCAUCAACAUCGUUGAAGGUUUCGUCCAACAAGCAGAGAAAAACAUCCCAGACUGGAAAGCCGAUGCUUCACUCGAAAGCAAUGCCAUCCAACAAGUCAACAAGCCUUUGGAAUCUGGAGCUAUUCCCGGCUGGAAAGCUGAUCUUACCCUUGAAGAAAACCUCGACAAUGCCUUCGGCGACUGGUUGGUUUCCCUCAACAUCCCAGGCCUCAACAUCGAUUCGAGCAUCACUGAAAACGUCAAGACCCUUAUUGGUGAAGGAUUCGACCGACUUUCAUUCCCAACCUGGUUCCCAAAAGACCAAAUUGAAGACUCAAUCGAUCAAUUCGUUAUCGCCCAACUCAAACAACUCAAUGUUACCAAUUUGGAUGUUGAAAAGUCCGUUAAAGUAAACAUUGAUGCCAUUGUUGUCGCUUCAAUUGACCAACAAGGUCUUGACCCAAAGGCUACAUUGGAAGUCACCGUUGACAAGGCUGUUGAGAAUGCUCUUAAUUUAAUCAACUUCCCAAAUUACUCACCAAAGGCCACUCUUGAAGAAAAUGUCGCCGCUUUCCUCAAAGAAGCUCUUAAAAAUUUACCUUUUAAAUUGAUAAAUUCUAAUUUAAUUUAAAAUUUCAUAGAAUCAAUAAACUAAAUUAAUGAUUUAAAAGCAAAAA